AUGGCUAAAGCCAGGACGUGGUACAAUCAUAAUGUAAAAUAUAAAAAUCGUUUAAAAUGUGCAGACAAAGUUUGUCUAGUUACAUUUGAUACACCUACAUUAAUAAUAUUUGGUUUUGAAAAUAUUGCCGCAGAACAUACCACUGCUAUGGAUCCAUUAGAAGCUAAUGGUAUAGACACAGAUCUAUUUGGUUCCAUAGCCAGAUGUUAUGAAAAAUUCGAAGAUUUAAAAAAAGAUGAUGAAUUUCUUGGAAAUGUCGGCGAACAAAAAUUGAUUGUGUUGACUGAUGGUGGUCAUAAUGUUCGUGAUAAUGGUGAUAAGAGCAGAAUGAACCAUUUCUGGGAUUUGUUUAAAUGA